AUGAAAUCUGAUAAACAAGAAGAACGAAAGGAGAAAGAAAACCAAGAAGACAAAAGUAAAGCUAAACAUAAUCAUAUUGUUCAAUCCAUUUUUGAUUUAAUUUCUCAUAAACAGAAGUUACAUGUCAAUUUACUAUCAAGCAGUUUAUCUAAGCAUAUAAGUUUCUCGGAUAACUUCCCUAUACAUAAUUCUUAUCACUCAGAUAAAAAUGAAAACGGAUGGAUUGAGAUUAAAAUGGAAAACAGCCCAUACGUUGAAGGUUUCAUCACAACAAGAGAAUUAAAGCUAUUCACUUGA